CUGACACCUUGUGAGAAUUUUGGGGAGAAUCACCACACCGCUGGCAGGACUCCUAAACUGUCUGAGGUCAACGGUGAAGCUUUGAAAACAACCAACUUAACCUUAAAAAAGCUCAACAAACACAGCUAAUUUCCCAAGAUGCGUGAGUGUAUAUCAGUCCAUGUUGGACAGGCCGGUGUUCAGAUUGGAAAUGCAUGCUGGGAGCUCUUCUGCCUUGAGCAUGACAUCCAGCCAGAUGGCAACAUGAACAAGUCUUCUGUGAACAAUGUCACUGACUAUUCAUUUACUACCUUUUUCCAUGAAACUGGUGCAGGAAAACAUGUUCCAAGAGCUAUUAUGGUGGACCUGGAACCAACUGUUGUAGAUGAAAUUCGAGUUGGACCAUAUCGUCACCUUUACCAUCCAGAGCAGCUGAUAUCUGGUAAGGAGGAUGCAGCUAAUAAUUAUGCUCGGGGCCAUUACACAGUGGGCAAAGAGAUUAUUGACCAGGUCCUGGACCGUGUACGGAAGCUGACAGAUGCUUGCUCUGGUCUCCAAGGUUUUUUGAUUUUCCACAGCUUUGGAGGGGGUACUGGCUCUGGCUUUACGUCUCUUCUGAUGGAGCGUCUGUCCCUAGAUUACGGCAAGAAGUCAAAGUUGGAGUUUGCUAUUUACCCAGCUCCACAGGUGUCUACAGCAGUGGUAGAACCAUACAACUCUAUCCUGACCACCCACACAACUUUGGAGCAUUCUGACUGUGCCUUCAUGGUUGACAAUGAAGCCAUUUUUGACAUCUGCCGCCGAAACCUGGACAUUGAACGUCCCAGCUAUGCAAAUCUCAACCGCUUAAUUGGACAGAUUGUCUCUUCUAUCACUGCCUCUCUUCGGUUUUCUGGAGCCCUCAAUGUUGAUUUGACUGAGUUUCAGACAAAUCUAGUGCCAUAUCCACGAAUCCAUUUCCCCCUUGUCACCUAUGCUCCUAUUAUUUCUGCUGAGAAGGCCUACCAUGAGCAGCUGUCAGUUGCAGAGAUUACCAGUGCCUGCUUUGAACCAUCCAAUCAAAUGGUGAAAUGUGACCCACGUCAUGGGAAGUACAUGGCUUGCUGCAUGUUGUACAGGGGCGAUGUGGUUCCUAAAGAUGUAAAUGUUGCCAUUGCUACCAUCAAAAACAAACGUACAAUUCAGUUCGUGGAUUGGUGCCCUACAGGAUUUAAAGUUGGCAUCAACAACAGACCACCAACUGUUGUCCCAGGAGGAGACCUGGCCAAAGUUCAGCGAGCAGUCUGUAUGUUAAGUAACACAACAGCUAUUGCCGAGGCCUGGGCCCGUCUGGACCACAAAUUUGAUCUGAUGUAUGCCAAGCGUGCAUUUGUCCACUGGUAUGUUGGUGAAGGCAUGGAGGAAGGAGAAUUUGCAGAGGCUCGUGAGGACCUUGCAGCCUUGGAGAAAGACUAUGAGGAAGUGGGCACUGAUACCAUUGAUGGAGAAGAAGAAGGGGAAGAGUAAAAAAAAAAAAGAAAAAAGAAAGAAAACAGAAAAAAAGUUGAGCUUUUCAAAGUAUACAAAAGCAAUAAAGUUUCCAGUGAAUAAUAAUGUCAAAGAAAACAUAUUCAUACUGUAUUUGAUAUAUCAGUAACCAAUGAAAUAAAGUUUUCAAAUAAAAAAUA